AUGGCUGCACUGGCUGUGCUAGAGGCCAAUCUCACGUCGCUCGCUUUCAACUCGCCAGUCGCCGGACUCAAUGGUUCGGAUCCGGUGAGAUACGAUGCCGGCCAGCUGGUCAACGUCAGCUGGACGACGCCGUAUGAGUAUACCACAUUGGAGCUGUGGCAGGGGCCAAAUGAGGAAGGGUCUUUCGCUUUGGAUGUCCUUGCCGCGAACUUCACGCAGAAUGUGACGUCCUUUAUGUGGAAUGCGACAGCGUCCGAAGGAGAUGAGUCCAUGCAGAGGUCGUUCUUGCGGUUGCAGAAGGGCGAUUUGCCAAAUACCUGUGACAGGUGCACGGCGGAUAGUGCAAUCUUCCGAGUCUCAGAUCCAACUGCGCGAACUUCAUGCUCCUCAUCCUCGGCUACGCCAUCGACCGUCGCGCCAACACCAGCAGCGGCGGUGGCAACAAGUUCUGUUCCAUCCAGCUAUUCACAUUCAGGAAUUUCCGAGAGAGCGCGACUCGGUAUAGGCCUUGGCGUUGGUCUUGGUGUUGGAGCUCUCAUGAUAAUACUCGGCAUCCUUCUGUUCGGUCUCAACCGUCGCAAGAAGAGACGGCAGGCCCACCAGCAUACGUAUGGCCAACCAGACGCAGUCCGAAACAGUCUUGCAAGCGCAGGCGCCGAUUCUUGGAUGUCGAAGCACAGCAGCAAGAUGUCCUACCACUCUCGCUUCGAAUUCGAGACACCAGACGGUUCGGUCAAGGAGGGCAGCGAGGCACUAUGGCCGCGUACAGAGAAGCCGAGUUGGCUGCAACGGGCGCCUUCGAAACCAAAGAACCCUUUCUUCAGAUCAUAG